AUGAAUGCCCUUAAACGAUAUGGAAAUUCAUUGGAAGAACAAGUAAUGCAACAAUUGUUGGACAUUCUGGCCAAUCCAACAUGUUACAGUAGUUACAACUCGUAUUUAGGCGUUUUUCACUAUAAUGACGCCUCUCAAUAUUGGGAUUUAAUUUUAAAGGAUUCAAUGUUGUGGAUUGUAGUGGCAAGUUGCUUGUCGUUUUAUACAUUGUUAUUGUUCCGUUAUAGAAAUAGUAUUUCGUUGAAACGAAGAUUAAUUACUCCUUUUAUUGGUCCAUUUUGCAUGAUGAUUAUUUGUUUGGUAUAUAUUGAACCAAUCUUAAUGUCACUAUUCAAAACCAUUGGUAGGAACAUUAUUCCUUUCAUUCCCGUACCUAACCUAUUCAUGUCACUACUUGCUGCAUCCUAUAUGAUUGUGACUAUUAGAUUUUAUUUUUUGAGAAAUUUAUAUCAAAUUAGGAAAGGCUUAGAAGUAUUGGAUGACAACAAGACGAAUUCAAGCAUGAAAAUUUACAAAGGGCUUACCAAUACAUACGUGACACUGGCCUUAAUUGUGGUCGUGACGGUGUUGUUAUUUGGAGCAUGGUUUGGAAUAUUUUAUGGAAUUAUGGAAAGUAUCAUUAUUGAGCGAUUCGCAAGAUUUGAGUGGACCCUCCAAUUUGACGCGUCGUUGUUGGCAUUGACGACUCAAUUUGGUUUUUUGAGUUUAGUUUCAAUUCUUUGCUUAUUCGUUGAUGCUAUAUUCAACUUGAAAAAAAUUCGUAAGCACGGUAUUGGCUACUAUUUUAUGUUUGAUGACCCGUUUCAUUUGAGAAUGGAUAUCUUUUCGCAACUAUUAAUUUUCUUGAUUUCCAUUCUCGUUGUAUUGGACAUUUUUGUUUGGAAUACCCUUAUAGUUAAUCGAGUUGGAAUUUUACUCUUCUUUCUGUGCUCGCUAAUGAUAUUUGGCGGAAAUGUCAUGCUUGUUGAAUUCAUUUCCUAUUUGCAAUACAAGAGGUGGUUGCAAAGAUGUUGCAUUACUUUACAAGAUGAUGACAACCACGAUGCAUUAACUCAUGAAUGGUACGAAAACAUGAAAGAUAUACAUUUCAGAGAUUUGCAAGAGCAAUAUGCCACGAAUUUGUUCGCUUUGGAAAAUUUGCGACUCUUUGAAGCAUUCGAAAAGUUUGAAAAGAAGAAAAAUCUGUCACUCAAUGAUUUAAUGACGUUGAACCAUGUCAUUCUUAGUGUGAAUUUAUCGUCAGAUUCUAAGAACACAUAUAAUGAUCUUGUUGCACACCUCACACUCAAUCCCCAUGAAACGAUACCAUUCAAUCGAUUAGAACCAAUCAAGCUCGAGCUUGUUGCUGAAAAUAUUAUUCCUGAAAUUUAUUUGGCUCUCAAACAAACCAGCUAUUUUGCCAAAUGGAAAGAAGUCACCAUUUUACAAAAAGAAGCGAACAUUAUUGGCGAACUUCCUAUUGAAAUUGAAAUGCAAGAACUUUGA